AUGACACCGCUGCCGCUCGUUUUCGUGGUCGUGGGCGACCGCAGCUACGCGCUGUCGGAGACGCUGCACCGCGACGCGCUGGCCCCGCUCUUUUCCGACGUUUGGACGGCGUCGCGCGUGUGGGACGCCAGUCGCUUCUUAGCCGAGCGCCUCGUGCGUUUCUCCUCGCCCGAGUCGCCACUGGCGUUCGACGUCCGCGCUGGCCAACCAGUGCUGGAACUGGGCAGCGGCUGCGGCCUCGCGGGACUCGUGGCGUCGAGUCUGGGGGCCGAUGUGCUGCUGACGGACCAAGCGGAGGCGCUGGAGCUGCUGCGUCGCAAUGUCGAGACCAAUGCGACGUCCGAGAGCAUGCGCGCGCGAGUGGACGUGGCCGAGUUUCGAUGGGGCAGUGAGGAUCUUCUGCCCCGCAGCAGCUACCGUUACAUCCUCGUGUCCGACUGUAUCAAUCCUAUUUAUGGUCCAGAGAGUUGGAGGAAUCUGGCGCGCACUAUUCACAGAUUUAGUCAUGGCGACACGGUCACGUACUUGGCGCACGAGGUUAGGGGGGAAGACGAAGCCAUGGCGGACUUCCUCGCCUUUUGUGCAGACAAGUUGUUGUGCGAAUGUAUCGACAGGGAAGGACAAAUGAGUUUGUUUCGGAUCACCAAAAUUGUGGAAGAAGUUACGAUGUCGGUCGACGCCGUCUUGAAGUGA